AUGUCCCUCUUUUGCCCGACAUGUCAUUGUCUUCUGUCGUUGGGUGAGGGAGGCAAUACUGAGAUGAAGCUACGUUGUCCAUCAUGUGUGUAUAUAUUCUCAAUUGAAGAGAAGGUGCAGCUUAAGAAAUAUCUCAAUCCGAUGCAGCCUGAGGAUGCCGUAUCGUUGGAGAAAGAGUUGGCAAAAAACCCCAAAACUCCUGCUGUGUGCCCAGAAUGUAGCCACAAAGAAGCCUACUUUUAUCAACUACAGAUCCGGUCGGGUGAUGAAGGCGCCACAACAUUCUUCCAAUGUACCCACUGUCACGCUCGGUGGAAAGAGGAAUAA